AAACAUCUCGAAAAAUAGAAAACAGCACUCAGAACUCAGAAGCAUCCUCCGUCUCCGCCGCGCCUCGCGGCUGCCGGCGCUUUCUCCGACUUCGCUGCACUACCGAUUUCUCUCGUUUCCGCCGUCUCCGUCGCACCUCUCUUCCCUCGCUCCAGUUCCUUUUCCGGCAACUCUCAAGUAGUCAAAUAGAGAAGAGAAGAGAAGUGUUUGUAAACGUUUGUUUUCAACGUGUGUUGAAUGUGCAACAAAAGAAUAGGAAACGUGAAACCAGAAGAAAGGAGAAAGUGCAGGAGCUACGACGUUUAUCUUUCUCACAACGUGGAUGUCUCGUCGAGCUUCUUUUUGGAUGUCCAGUUCUUGAGGAUUUUACAGAAUAUGAUCUAACUUUUGGAAGUGAUUUAUGUUAUGACGAAGAUGUCACUGGAGAGUUUAAAACCUUAGGCAAGUUGCUCAGAGCAAACAUAUCCAAUACAAAUACAAAGAUUAUGCUGGAACUGGUUAACAAUGUCAAGUUUUUGCACAUGGAUUCGAUUGAUUGUAGUCUUCUUGACCCAUAUCGUAUUGAAGUCCUGGGCCCCUACGUUUUCCCCAUGUUCCAGAAUUUGACCCAUAUUAAACUUCAAUAUGUAAAUUAUAAUGAUGACUGGUCUGAGGUAGUGGAAUUGCUCAAGUAUUGCCCCAAUCUUCAAGUUAUUGUCAUUGAUCAGCAGCCAAAUUUUUAUGCCUAUGUGUCUGAACUAUCUGAAGAAGAACCAGAAAAUUGGCCGUACACACCAUCUUUUCCUGAGUGCAUUCUAUUACACCUUGAAGAAUGCUAUCUAAAUGAUUAUAGAGGCACCAAAGGUGAGUUUCAAUUUGCAAGGCAUGUAAUGCAGAAUGGAAGAUCUUUAAAGAAGAUGACAACAUGCAGUGGUGAUUUCAUAAAUCAACAGGGAAGGCUUGAGCUGAUAGAAAAAUUAUCUUCAUGCACAAGGCACUCAGCAACGUGUGAACUUUACUUUGAAUUACAAAAUAGAUUUGGUAGCUGCGAGUAGUUUCUUCAUUUCUUCCUUUUAACUAGUAGCUAGCUACAAAUAUCUACAAGGAUAUUAUGAUACAUGUUUGAAUUUAGGGAUUGCAUGUUUUUAACAGUGCAGAUCAGUUCUAGAAUUCUACAGCAACCACCACAAGUAUUUCCCCACCAUGUGGAGUUGGCUAUAUAAAUGAGUUGAUUGAUGCCAUAAAUUGAUGUCAUGGAUCAAGUUUAAAGAUAGAUCAUAUCUGUAAAUCUCUUUUAA